AUGAACUCUAGUAAAAAGAGUGAGUUUGCUGAGCGUUAGAACAAAAGUAUGGUGUUUAACAUUAGCGAGCACAAAGAACUAAAUAUGAUGAAUAUGAGAAAAGAUACUCCAUUCUCUGUAGAUAAUAGUGAAAGAUAUGAUGAAAAUGCAGAUUCAAGUAAACAUAGCUACCACUUUCAUCAAAAUCAGGGAGGAGAUAGCUCAUUCAUAAAGUCUCUUGAUAUGUAAAAGUCGUAAAAGCAAGAUAUAGGAAGUUCAAUGCAUAUUGAUGAUAAAAUUUCAAUUAACACCAUCAAUUUAGAUAAGAAAUAGAAUACAGAUAAAGAUAUGUUAGGAGGAUUAAAAUUUUUAGACAACCCAAAUACAUAGAAAUCAAAUGUUUCUAUGUCAUUUUUGCGUAGUAGAUCGAAUAAUACCAAUUUGUUCAAGAUUAAAAACCUUGGAAUAAUUAAUGGAGAUACAAAAAAUAAUGCCCACAACGAUAGUUCUAUGCAUUUAGGCGCAACUCCUUUAAACGAAGACAUUUUCAAAAAUAAAAACCUAAAUGGAGGAGAUGAUAACACUAGAUAUAUGGUAAAAAAGAAUGAAACAACAAAAAAAUUUUAGACUUAGAUAAGAAUGGUUACUUUUAUCCUCCCUAAAAUGAGAAAGUUUUUAGAAACCAAAACUUUCAGUGGUAAAGUAAGAUAUCUAGAUUCUAAUAUAAGAAUGUAUAUUAAUGAUCUUAGUGAUGACUUAUAGUUUUUAAUGAAGAGAAAAUUGAACUUUUCUUUCUUUUUUAAUAUUUUAAUUGAAUUUAUUCUUUUAAUUCUAAGAUGCUUGAGAAUAGAUAAAAUUCCUUUGAUAAACCCUGAAAAUCCUAUCAAAUUAAUUAUCAACACCAUAAUUGUAGCUUAUAACUGCUUUUAUUUAUUUAUUAUGUCAGUAGAAGUGUUCUUCGAGGCUCACUUUGGCUCUUAUUACAAUAUUUUUAAUUCAAUAGCUACAUUUUGUUGGAUUUCAGAAAUGCUGAUUUAGAUGAAUACAUCUUGCUAUCAUGACAAUAAAUUUGUUACAGAUAGAAAGGUUAUUAUGAAAAUUUACCUCAAAGAAUACUUCUUUUUUGAAAUUAUUCCUAUUCUUUUUGAAGGAAACAAAUCCCCAAAUAACUUAGUAAAUAUUUUGCUCCAUUUACCUCUAUUGCUUAAGAUAAAAGGUAUGAUGAUUAUUCUUUAGAAACUAGAAUUUUACAUUCUACAAGUCCUAUAAAGACCCUAUAUACUUACUCUAUUUAAACUCUGUAUGUAAGUUGUUAUAUUCGGGCACAUUAUUGCAUGCUCUUGGUAUAGUCUUGGACUUAUUGAAGAGCAUUUUAUGGAAGAUGAUGAAUGCUGGAUUUAAAAUAUUAAUUAAUAGCAUCUCGGAGAUGCAAAUGCUACUCUUCCUUGGUAGACUUACUAUUUAGAAGCUCUUUACUGGUCUUUUUCUUAAAUAGUGCACAAUUCCCAAGAAAAGCCUGUUACUUUACUUGAAUUAGCUUACUCAUCAACCAUAAUGUUACUUUCCAGCCUUCUAUUUGUUUAUCUACUAAAUUCAAUUGGUGAAAUUCUCAACGAAAUUGACAAAUAAAAUGAAGAAUAUAAAAAAGAUCUCAACAUUCUAAACUAGUUUAUGAAAAGAAAAAAAAUUGACCUGAGUCUUAGAAGGAGAGCUAAUUUAAGUUUACUUAACUAUUAUUAGUAACAAAGUAAAGAUAAAGUUGGUUAAGAAAAAGAAAUUAUUAAUAAACUACCUGAGUAAAUGUAAUCUGAACUCUUAGUUUAAUCUAACUAGAAACUAGCAAAGAUGUUCCCAAUUUUUUAUGAUUUAUUCAGUGAAGAUACUAUGGUAAAACUUUACUCAAUUAUGGAAGAGGAAGUCUAUGCACCUAAUCAGAUUAUAUUUAAUUGUGAUGCAGAGACCCUUAAUGAUAAUAUUUACUUAAUUAUCAAAGGAAGUGUUGUAUUAUACAUUGAAAGAGGAGCAUAAGGUAUUGUCAGAGGAUAAGAAAACGACGAUGCAUAAAAACUACUUUCAAAUAAUUAUAUUAAAUCUGAGGUUAAUAUAAACAUGAAAAAAAAUGUCCAAAAUAAAAAAGACCUUGUGACUCUCAAAGAUGGGGAGACAUUUGGAUUGCAUAGUUUUAUAACAGGAACAGAUAAAAUUGCUAAUAUUAUGUCUAAGAAAUAUACCCAUGUGAUUAAAAUUUAAAGAAGUUUAUUCCUCAACAUUAUAAAGGAAAACAAAGAAGAUUUCGAAAAGUUUAUGGAACUGAAAGAUAAAGUUUAUUUAGAUAAAAAUACUAAGAUUGGUAAGAAGAUUAUUUGUUAUGUAUGUAAAAGUUAAGAACAUACUUUUUCUGAGUGUAACAAAGUUUAGUUUGAUAAGCUAAAUCCGUAUAUUAUAUUUAGACACUUAAGAAAUACUGACUAAGAAAGAAGCAAAGGCCACCAUAGAAAUCCUUUAAGGAGCACUAAUUCAGUAUCUCUACAGAGGAACUUAGCUUAUCAUAUUCUACAAUAUUAAGAAAUGAAUGAUUUUGGAUCUUCCAACUGUGAAGAUUACACAGAACAAACUCAAUCAUCCUAUUAUGAAUAAUAAAUGAGUCAGCAAGACAUGUACAGUAAAAAAUAUGAAGUUAACAAUCAGUCAAUUGAAGAAAAGUAAAACUCAGAUGACGAAACAAGUAUUAAUUAUAAAAUGGGUCUUAGUCAUAAAAAUAAUGGUAAUAACACAAAUUCUGAGUAUGUUAUGGAGAGUGCAAACUCUUUAAAACUGUAAAAAAGUCUAAAAAGAAGAGAGUCCAAAACAAAUCCAGCUGGAGCGAAUACUCCAUUAGAAACUUUUUCAGUAGCUCCAAAUCAAAUCUAUGGCGAUCAAUUAUAGAAUUAAGUAAUAGAAACAUUUUUUGGAUCUAAUGCUAUAAAAGAAGACGAAGAAAUAGACUAUGAUAACCAUAUUAUAAACUCUCCUCCAAGAGCAAAAAAGGCUUUCUCCAAAAGAGAUGACAAAAAAAAAUAAACUAAAAAAACAACAUUUUAGUCACCUGCACCUAUACAAAAUGAUAGAGCACCUUUAUCGCCUUAACUUUAUCACUCAGAUGAUAAUUUAAAUAGAAAUCAAUUUGGUAUGGGCAGGGAAAGUCAUUCUGAUAGGAAUAUUCCACAUUCUAGCAAACUUAUUUCAACAAAUUAAAAUAUAAGGAGAGGUUCGAACAAUAAUAAUGGCAGGUAAAAGUCUGAUAGUUAGCACAAUAUUUAGUCAGCUUAUGGAAAAAUGGACAUCAAAAAGUCAGAAAGUAAACAUUAUCAUUCUUCUCUAGAUCCAACAAGCUAGCUUUAUGCACAAAAAAACGAUAAAUAAGGUGCUUCUCUUUUACAUCUGCAUGAAGCUGGGAAAAAGGACGGCCCUUAAACAUAUAUGAGACAAGGAAACACAAUGAUGUUUAAUUAAAUGAUUUAUUAAUAGAGAGUAGAGUCAGGUUAAUACUUAGAGAUGGACAAAGAUUCUUAUAUUUGGAAAAUUGACCAACAGUAAGACUUUACCCAUUACUUCUAAUACUAUAAUUUGUAAAAUGUCCUGAAAAGAUGGUACUAAUACUAUCUCAAGAUAAAUAGAAAAACUAAAAAAGUUAAACAAAAAUCUACAUAUACCUAAUAUGCUAAAUAAACCAUGGUGUCAUUCAGAUGA